GAGAGGCCUCUACGGCCAGUGCUGCCGCCGCCGCAGCCGCCACUACCUUCGGGGCGGGUUCUCCCGUCGUUCCGACAGCUGGGGCGCUCCCCCAGCCGCCGCUCCCCGGGCGCGGGCUCUGGUGGCCCCGGCCGACGAGGACACCCCGCGUGCUGCCGCCGCCUCCCUCGGCAUCCGGGGCCGGCAUGGAGCUCUUUCAAGCCAAGGACCACUACAUCCUGCAGCAGGGCGAGCGCGCGCUGUGGUGCAGCCGCCGCGAUGGCGGCCUCCAGCUCCGACCCGCUACUGAUCUACUUCUUGCCUGGAAUCCCAUUUGUUUGGGUUUGGUAGAAGGUGUUAUUGGGAAAAUUCAGCUUCAUUCAGAUCUUCCAUGGUGGCUUAUUUUAAUUCGGCAGAAAACACUGGUGGGCAAACUUCCAGGAGACCAUGAGGUCUGUAAAGUUACCAAAAUUGCUGUGCUAUCACUUUCUGAAAUGGAACCUCAGGAUCUUGACCUAGAGCUUUGUAAGAAGCAUCACUUUGGAAUUAACAAACCAGAGAAGAUUAUACCAUCUCCCGAUGACUCAAAGUUUCUGCUGAAGACCUUUACACAUAUUAAAUCCAAUGUGUCUGCUCCUAAUAAAAAGAAAAUUCAUUUCUUACAGGUUAAGGAAAGUAAAGAAAAGGAGAAGUUGGAGAGGAGAUUACUUGAGGAGUUAUUGAAAAUGUUUAUGGACUCGGAAUCCUUUUACUAUAGCUUGACCUAUGACCUGACGAAUUCGGUGCAGAGGCAAAGCACUAGGGAGAGCGACCCCCGGCCCCUCUGGCAGAAGGUUGACGACCGAUUUUUUUGGAAUAAAUAUAUGAUACAAGAUCUUACUGAGAUUGGUACCCCGGAUGUGGACUUCUGGAUUAUUCCCAUUAUCCAAGGUUUUGUGCAGAUUGAAGAACUUGUGGUGAAUUAUAACGAAUCAUCUGAUGAUGAGAAAAGCAGCCCAGAGACCCCGCCUCGGGAGUCCACCUGUGUAGAUGACAUUCACCCACGAUUUUUAGUGGCUCUCAUUUCACGCCGCAGUAGGCACAGAGCAGGGAUGCGGUAUAAAAGAAGAGGGGUGGAUAAAAAUGGAAAUGUUGCAAAUUAUGUGGAGACUGAGCAGUUAAUUCAUGUUCAUAAUCAUACCUUGUCAUUUAUUCAAACUCGAGGCUCUGUGCCUGUCUUUUGGAGCCAGGUUGGGUAUCGAUAUAAUCCAAGACCUCGGCUGGACAAAAGUGAAAAGGAAACUGUUGCCUAUUUCAGUGCCCAUUUCGAAGAACAACUGAAAAUUUACAAAAAACAGGUUAUUAUUAACUUGGUAGACCAGGCAGGAAGAGAGAAAAUUAUUGGCGACGCUUACCUGAAGCAGGUGUUGCUCUUUAACAACUCACACCUCACUUACGUUUCAUUUGACUUCCAUGAGCACUGCCGAGGAAUGAAGUUUGAGAAUGUUCAAACACUAACAGAUGCCAUUUAUGACAUUAUUCUUGACAUGAAGUGGUGUUGGGUUGAUCAAGCUGGGGUAAUAUGUAAGCAAGAAGGGAUUUUUCGAGUUAAUUGCAUGGACUGCUUGGAUCGCACCAACGUUGUUCAAGCUGCCAUCGCACGAGUGGUCAUGGAACAGCAGCUGAAAAAAUUAGGUGUGAUGCCCCCGGAGCAGCCACUUCCAGUGAAAUGCAAUCGGAUCUAUCAGAUCAUGUGGGCCAACAACGGUGACUCCAUUAGCAGGCAGUACGCUGGGACAGCUGCUCUGAAGGGUGACUUUACAAGGACAGGAGAAAGAAAGUUAGCAGGAGUUAUGAAAGACGGUGUUAACUCGGCAAAUAGGUAUUACCUGAAUCGAUUUAAGGAUGCUUACAGGCAAGCUGUUAUAGAUUUGAUGCAAGGCAUUCCAGUGACAGAAGACCUUUACUCCAUAUUUAACAAGGAGAAAGAGCAUGAAGCUUUGCAUAAGGAAAAUCAGAGGAGCCACCAGGAACUAAUUAGCCAGCUCUUACAAAGUUACAUGAAGUUACUGCUGCCUGAUAAUGAAAAGUUCCAUGGUGGCUGGGCCCUCAUUGACUGUGACCCCAGCCUCAUUGAUGCUACUCACAGAGAUGUGGAUGUGCUGUUACUGCUUUCUAACUCUGCCUACUACGUGGCCUAUUAUGAUGAUGAAGUUGAUAAAGUAAACCAGUAUCAACGACUAAGUCUAGAAAACCUGGAAAAAAUAGAAAUAGGUCCUGAACCCACCCUUUUUGGUAAGCCAAAAUUCUCCUGUAUGCGAUUGCACUACAGAUACAGAGAAGCAAGUGGUUAUUUCCACACACUGAGAGCUGUAAUGCGCAAUCCAGAAGAGGAUGGAAAAGAUACCCUUCAGUGCAUUGCAGAGAUGCUGCAAAUCACCAAGCAAGCCAUGGGAUUAGAUGUGUCUAUAAUCGAGAAAAAACUUGAGAGGAAGAGCAGUAAACCUCAUGAAGACAUCAUUGGCAUCAGAUCUCAAAACCAAGGCUCUUUGGCCCAGGGGAAAAACUUUUUAAUGAGCAAAUUUUCAUCUCUAAAUCAAAAGGUGAGACAGACUAAAUCCAAUGUAAAUAUUGGCAACCUGCGAAAGCUUGGAAACUUUACGAAACCUGAAAUGAAAGUUAACUUUCUAAAACCAAACUUAAAAGUAAAUCUUUGGAAAUCAGAUAGUAGUCUUGAAACCAUGGAAAAUGCAGGUGUGAUGGAUAAUAAAGUCCAGGCAGAGUCUGAUGGAGAAAUGUCUUCAGAUAAUGACUCAUACCACUCGGAUGAAUUCCUUACAAAUUCCAAGUCUGAUGAAGACAGGCAGCUAGCGAAUUCUUUGGAGAAUGUCGGGCCGAUAGACUACGUUCUUCCUAGCUGUGGUAUUAUUGCGUCAGCGCCCCGACGAGGGAGUCGAUCCCAGUCUAUCAGCAGCACCGACAUGAGCAUUCAUGCUCCUUCAGAGAUCAUUGUUGCUCAUGGAAGUGAGUUUGGAAAAGGCUAUGAGUCUCCUUUGAAAAAAAGUCCUUCUGCUGACAACAUACACAUAUUGACUGGCAUUGCCAAGCCUGUGGAUAUGUACUGCCACAGAUUUGUCCAAGAUGCACAAGACAAAAGGACCCAGCUAUCAGAAACCAGAUCUGCUUGUCAGCAGGUUAGUGAGGAAGGCAAUCAAAUGACCGACCAAGCUUCUAAUGAAGAAACCCAAUCUGAAUCAAUGGAACAGAUACCUUCUCGACCAUCUCAACUAGAUGUGUCUUCUUCUGCAGCAGGCCCACAGUUUUUGUCUGUUGAACCAGUUGUAUCUCAAAAGACCCCCGACUCUGGAUCCAGCAUGCUUGAACUUGAGACAGGGCUCCAUGUAACUCCUUCUCCUUCAGACAGCAGCAGCAGCAGAGCCGUCUCUCCCUUCGCAAAGAUUCGAAGUUCCAUGGUCCAGGUUGCUAGCAUUACCCAAGCUGGGUUAACCCAGGGGAUAAAUUUUGCAGUGGCAAAGGUUCAGAAGAGCCCUGCAGAACCUGAAAUGGUUAAUGAAGUCCAGCAAAAUGAACUUAAAAAUAUGUUUACACAGUGCCAGACACGAAUAAUUCAGAUUUAGUUUUUAGCCACAAAGAAUCUUUCUGUGGCUUUUAUUUAAUCGAAAAAAAAAAUGAAUUCACAUAUUAGGCUAUUUUAACCUGUACUGUCUUUGAAUCUAGGGAUCACAAAUUGUUUUUGGGAAAAGUUUUAACAGGAAUAUAAACCUGAGAUUUCCAAAUUUGAGAGUCAGAAGAAUAGAAGUGCAUCAUCCUAGAACAUGUAGACCUGAGUAGCGUAUACACUACAGAGCGGUUUGUCUCUUUAAAGUAAUUCAGAAAUAGGUAACUUUGAGACAUAAUAACCUGAACCUUUUUUGGAGUGGGUGGGUGGGCUGAGUCAAGUACACACAAAGGAGGGUCAUGGAUAAAUAUAGAGGAUUAGUGUUUUUUUGUAAUUUUUGUCAGUUCAUUUCUGGGUAUUACCUCACGGUAAAUACAUUUAGUUUUUAGAGACUUUACAGUAUUACUAGUAUGGAGAAGCAUUUGAAUAUAAAAAAAUGACUGGUUUAAUUUUGAUGGCUCACCCAUUCCCUAUGAAGAGUUGAGUUAUUGGCAGUACAGUCAAGAAAUGUGUGCCCAUUUGAUCCUAGUUUCCCCCCAUUCUACUUAAACAACUUUAAAAUUUUUCUGCCACCUUGUACACCCUGAAGUCUAGGAGGAUUAAGACUUGUCAGUUAUAAAACCUGAGACAUCAGAUGUGAAUACCAGCACCUAUUAAUCUUGCUGUUUUCAGGUAAGAAUGUUCAUUUAUUGGAUAUUGGUAAUUCUUGAAAGCUCUCAAGGUUUAAUUUUUUUUGUAGGGGGCAUUCUUUCACAUCUUGUAUAGACUAUUACAACUGUUGGAAAUAGUUUGAAGCACAAUUGUGCUAAAAUUGGUUUUAUGACUAACCCUGACCACAUGGAACCAGGGCUUCUGUAAGCCCCAUACAUUAAGAAAAUUGCAUUCUUCAUUCCAAACAAGUAUUAGUUUGGUAUCUUUAGAGCCUUACUCUGUUGAAGUGAUUCUCAGCUAAACAUGUCUGUUGUAACUUUGAUAAGUAUUUCCACUUUUGUUAUUUAUAUAUUAGUGGCAUCUUUUUGUGUGUGUGAAGUGUCAAAUCUUGUGACUAUUUAAAAAUAAAAUACCGUUAUAAUUUAAAGUGACAAUGUAUGA